UCUCACAACCUCCCAUUUUUUCUCCCACUAUUUUCUCUCUGCAAUAACUACCCACUAAAUCUAUUUUCUUUUGCAGAUAACUCUUUUUUUUUUACAAUUAAAAUUUUUCUUACACAUGUAGAACACGUGAUUGCAGACUAGUAUAUAUUUAAUUGAAGUAUCCUUCUCGAUCCGUAUUCUAUUACAUUUAAGAUUUGCCAUAUCCACGUAUCGCUUCGUAUCCGGAUACCCGUACCCGUAUCAGUGCUACUUGACUCUGAUUUGCUCAUGUGCCAGAGUUGAACCAAACAACCACUCAAUCAAGCCGUGGGAUGUCUCCUUAUGAGGAUAUAUUGAUUGGUUUUGACAUUCCAGUUGCUGCAGGGGAAACCAGUGGCAGUGGUAGCAGAACUUGCACGCUUGAAGAAUUAUAGGACUGGCAGAAAUAUAGGGGAUGAUCGGACAAAGCUAAAGUGCUUACAGACUUGCAUUGCUAGUGCAACAAUUACUGAGAGGAUCAUGAAGGCUCUUAAAGACCAUGACAAAGAUGAAACUCCACCUGAAAGUGUCCAUCGCUAUGUUCUUUAUGAAUGUCGCAGGUGGAAUCUUGUUUGGGUAGGAAAGAAAAAUGUGGCCCCACUUGAGCCUGAUGAAGUAGAAAUGCUUCUGGGUUUCUCUAGAGACCACACAAGGGGACUAAGCAGGACAGAUAGACACAAGUCACUGGGAAAUUCAUUCCAGAUUCAGACAGUGGCUUUCCACCUGUCAGUUUUGAAAGAUCGAUUUCCCAAUGGCAUCAAUGUCUUCUCGCUCCUCUGGGAUUGUUGGUGCAGAAAUAGCUCUUUAUCGGGUUGGUAUCCCAAUGAAGAAUGUUGUGUCAGUGGAGAUUUCAGAUGUGAGUAGAAAUGUUGUGAGGUGUUGGUGGGAGCAGACAAACCAGAGAGGGAACUUGUAUCACCUUGCUGAUGUGCAAGGGUUGAAUGCUGACCUUAAAGCAUUAUAUCAGUUCCAUUGGCGGGUUUGAUCCGGUGAUUGGUGGUAGUCCAUGUAACAAUCUUGCGGGUAGCAACAGACACCAUCAGGAUGGGCUUCAGGGUAAAGAGUCUUCUCUUUU